CCGCAGGCUGGAGUUGACCCCCCCUGCCCCUUCGUGCUGUACCGCACCUGCAAACUGCGCCGGCUGCGCGCCGGGACCUUGCCCCAGCUGGUGAGAGGCCUGGUCUCCGCCAGUGCAGAGAGCGACCCUGGCUACCGCCCCAGCUUCCUGGCCACCUACCGCGCCUUCGCCACCCCCGGCCGCGUGCUGGAGCUGCUGCUGCCGCUGGGCCCCGACAGGGCUGUGCUGCAGGUGCUGGAGCUCUGGCUGCGUCAUCACCCCCAGGAUUUCCGGGAGCCCCCCCAGCACCCCAGCCUGCGCCAGCUCCACGGCUACCUGCGCCAGGCAGCCCCGGGCUCGGAGGGGUGUGCGCGGGCCGAAGGGCUACUGCAGAGCUUUCAGGAGGAGCCGGGAGAUGAACAGGCGGAGCCUGAGA